AUGCUCCCUCUCACCCGGGCGUCCACCUCGACCCCUGCCGCUGCAUUGCCCCACUUGUGGCGCUCAUACUCGUCUGCUCUCCGUCACAUCCCAGUCAUCCGGAGCUUGGCCCAGCUCCGUCGGUGGCGCCAGGAUGUCCGUCAGCGUGGUCUUGAAGUCGGCCUCGUCCCCACCAUGGGUGCGCUUCACGAUGGCCACUUGAGCUUGGUUCGCACUUCAUUGCAGCGCCACUCCUUUACUGUCAUGUCGUUGUUUGUCAACCCCAUGCAGUUUGCGCCCACCGAGGACCUGGACGCAUACCCCCGUACAUUGGACUCGGACCUUGAGGCUCUCCGUGGCCUCCUCCCCCACGGCCCCCAGACGCCCAUCAACGGCCUGGGUAUUAGCGAGUACGACCGUCGCCCAGCCCCGCGCUCGACAUUGGAGGAGCAUGAGAACUCAUUGGUGGUCUUCUGCCCACCAGUGGACGUCAUGUACCCCCUGCGCGGCGAGCUGCAGGACCUCUCGCAACACAAGGGAGUCAACAUUUCCGUCAAGGGCUGGGGCGAUGUCAUGGAGGGAGCUUCGCGUCCCCAGUUCUUCACCGGCGUGGCCACCGUUUGCACCAAGCUCUUCAAUGCCGUCGAGCCCGACCACGCCUACUUUGGCCAGAAGGACAUUCAGCAGGCUUUGAUUCUUAAGAUUCGACCCUUGCUGACCCACGCGGUCCAAACGGAUCUCCUUUCGGCCCACCCAUUGCCCGACAACCUUCACAUCCUCCCCACCACCCGUGACGCUGAGACUGGUCUGGCCCUCUCGAGCCGUAACGCCUACCUCUCUGCUUCUGAGCGCAAGGUCGCCCCCGUGCUUCACCGUGCUCUCCAGGCCGCCCGCACGGCGUGGCAGAGCGGAGCCACUGGCGCGUCCAUGAUUGAGGCCGCCGAGACAGUCGUCAAGACUGAGCAGGAGCGCAUCAAGGCCGCCACCGGCGAGGACGUUUCGCUCAAGCUCGACUACUUUGAGGUCUUUGACAAGCACUCAUUCGCGCCUGUCCGGACUGGCCCCGCUGCCGAGGACCAGCUGGUCGUCGCCGGUGCCCUUUGGGUUGGCAAGACUCGUCUUAUUGACAACCUCCUCAUCAACUGGGAGACUACUCCUCUGGCUUAA